CCAAGCGUCAGUUGCCUUUGAAGUGCCAGAAACGCGGAAUGAGCACCUUGGAAGAAUGGGCACAGAAGGAGAGUUUGCAAGCUCUCUUCAACAGGUUUGACUCCAACUGUGACGGCACACUCAGUACGGACGAACUUCGGCGUGCCUUGUGUGGUGUUGGCUUGAAGAAUGCUGAUGUGACCAAGAUUUACAAGGUCAUGGACACCAAUAGCGAUGAGCGGGUUUCCUACACAGAGUUCAUCCGUUGGCUUUUCCAUGGCGGCGCAGAGGCAACUGUGAUCACCAAGAAAGUUUUUUCAGGUCCUUCCACCCCAGCCGAGGCGAUGACUGAGUUCAUGGAGUUCAUUCAAGAACUGAAGGACACACCACCGGCAGAAGGUGAGAAGCCCACAAAGCUGAAGGACAUCUUCAAAAAGAUGGACGAAAACGGCAGCGGCAAGAUUUCUUUCACCGAGUUCAAGUCGGCCACCUCAUCAUUGGGUUAUGACCUUGACGAUGAUCUGCUGAAAGAAGUCUUCGACUUGAUCGACGUUCAGAAGUCCAGGAAAAAGAAGAAGAAACGCUUGACGGAUGAGGAAGUGGAGGAGCUCAUCUCGGAGGCCAAAGCGAAGCAGGCGGAAGAUCCUAGUGUCGAGAUUCCGGAGUUCCUCGAUGGCUUUCCCAAAGGAGAUAUAUCGUGCUGGCUCUCCCAUGAGAAAGUCUAUUAUUGUGGCCAAAAAGAGAAGUGGGUGAAGGAACGUCGACUCAUCUAUGAUCCGAAUGCAGCUGAAACGCGGGAUUACCAGAUCACCUACAAGGAGUUUAAGAAGGCCUUCAAGGCUGUGAUCGGAGCCUGAACGACAGGAUACCUGCGACUUGGGCCAGACUUGUGACGAAACACGCCUUGUGGAGCCAAUCUCCGGGUGCCCCUUUGAUCUCUCACAUGAUCCA